AUGGCGUUUCCGUUCCAGAUGGGUCUCGAAUCAACGAAGAUGAUGGAAUUCUUGGCUAGUUUACCAGAAGAAGAGCUAGAAAACUUUUUGCAAAGUGUUAAUGAUACAGCUGAUGAGUUUCACGAACAGAAUUUGCAAUCGAAAACACAGGAAGGUCUGAUUGAACGCUUUAAGAAGAUGCGUACCAAGUUCACUCGACCCGGAGGUGUCUAUGCGGAUCUGGGGUUUGACGCUGUCACCAGAAUAGCUUUUACGUCAGCUGACGCCAAACCAAAGACCAACAUGAGGUCGUUGCGGACUUUAAAACCCAUGAUUGUGAAGGAACUGGAUGCUGGCACAACACACUACGGCCGGUAUCUCUGCGGCUUUGUGGCUAUCGACGAUGCCUUUUUUGGUGUCUCUUCCGCGUCACUCCUUCUUGAGGACGUAACGGGAAGGUUAGUGGAGAUUGCCGUCUAUGGACUGGUAGAUGCGAACUUAUCGUCACACGAGAAACUAUAUAUUGUGGGUCACAAGUUUCCGAAGGGACAUCCAAUUGUUGUAUUUGAACCAUUUUACAAGGUGCGGAUGGAUGGAUCACUAGGUAUUCGGGUGGAACAAGCAACGGAAAUCGCCCCAUGGCAAGAUGUACCGACUGACAUGGUAACAUGGAAGAAACUUGGCAACGACUUCUUUAGUGUGCUGAAUACCCAAAACGAAGGCUGUGGAGCGCUGGCGUGCUAUCAGCAGGCUAUUCAAGCGAUGCAACCUGAGCUUUGUACGUUAGUAUUGCUGCUGAACAAUCUUGCAACUUGUCGUUUCAAAAUGGGAGACUUUGCAACUUCCAUUCAGCUAUCUGGAGUUGCAGCUCAUCUUGACCCGUCGUAUUUCAAAGCCUGGUUCCGCCUCGCGUCAGCUCUUGUUGAGAACGGGUCUAAAUCAAUAGCCGCAAGUGUGGUCGCACAUGUUCAGAAUAAUUUACCAUUAGCUCCCCACGACCUCCAGCUGCUGAAAAGCACGUUUGGUGCAAUGCACGUGUCGACUGACAGUUCGCCGUUUGAUUCGUACGCGAAAUGGUGCACAAGUCUGGAGUCACCGGGUUUUGUACUAGCAAAAGAACAACCGUGUCAAGGACCAAAAGAUGCGGACACGUGGCGAAAAGAAGGAUCAGGUUACUUCUCCACGGGCGACUAUAUUUCCGCGGAGGAUUGUUACCGGAAGGGUUUGGCACUAACUACAGCCUGUCGCUCCGACUUGUCGAUCGUGCUAAAUAAUGUCGCUGCUGUCUAUUUAACGAUGCGUCGAGAGAAUAGCGAUAUUCCUGGAAUCAGCAUUGGUAAACUCAAUGUGACUUCAGCAAAACUGCACGCACAACUGUCCACUACGGAAUCAGCACUUUUGAAUUGCACUGUUGCUGGAUUAAUUGAUCCGUUAAACUGUAAGGCUUGGGUUCGUCGGACGCGAUGCUUAAGAUAUAUGGGAAAUUCUAAGAAGGGCUAUAUUGCAGACCUGAAGAUAGUCGUUGAUAAGGUAGCCACACAAGUUUGCACUACAGCCGAAAAGUCCAAGCUAUUUCACGAAUUCAAGCGCAAAUUAGACGACAACAUCCAGCGACGUUUACGGUGUUUUACCGAUGUAAAGCCCGCAUAUGAAGUCUCUGGUGUGUCUACUGAAGUUCAGCGGCAACAGCGACAUGCAACUCAUCCCCAAAAUCUGGUUUCUGCUAUCGGGCGUGAGGACGAGCAUGAGGAUGACAUUGACCAAUACAUUGCACAGAUGGAAAAAGUCGAGGCUAUGAUGUGUUUUGCUCUUGCGGCUUCAGAGUCCCAGACUGACCAGAGACGAAACCUUCCACGCGAGAUGAUGAUGUAUGUGAAGGAUACGCCGCCACAAAUUCACAUUGAGUUCCCAAUGCUGCGUGGAUGGCCGACAGGCAUUGAACCAGUAUUUGCGAGGAAGAUUCUUUACAGGGCGUACCUGGAUGCCAGAGCGAGUCCCUGGGUCACAGCUAGCAGCAUGCGUGAGGGAAGAUUUUUUGAGAAGAUAGACCCGGCUGACUUGGUAAAGCGAUGGCAUGGAACUGUGGCGUUUGAAACGCUUGCGAAGAAGGCCACUAGCCUGAAAUUUGGUGACAUCAUUGCUCGGAACGAAGAACCGAGUAUCGCUGUACCAGCUUAUGAUGCUCGCAUCCGCUCCAACUUUGCCAAUAAUCCCAACCGUGCAGAAGCCUACUUUCUCGGAACAACUCACGUCGCCAUUGGCUUCAACGAUUUCAGCAGCCUUGUUACUGCAACAAUUCGCGAUCAAUUGCACAACGGCAUGCCUUUAAAAUUUGUGGGCUUCGAGAUGAGCGAGUUUGCCGUUGCUAAAUGCAAAGUAGUUGCGCAGAUGCUUGCUUCACCUGACGUAUCGAUCUCGAGCGUGAUGGAGGUUUGGCUAUCGUCGACUUGGUCGUGUUCCACGCUGAAAGAUUUUCGAAAGUGUGUGAAUACGGUGUUGGAGUCAUUGCGUGGUCGGAAUUCAAAUCCCAAGGUGAUGACGUAUCUGAAUCAUUGGGCUUCGGUCGAGACAAUUUCUGCUACAAAAGCACACACGGAGUUCUUUGCAAACUUGCGGAGAUAUAGCCACCGAGUACUAAUAGGGCUGCAUUGCUUCCGCCGCGUGGUCGACCGGCUUGACUUGACUCAGUAUAUGUUAACUGGGGAAGUUCGAGCGUCCUCACGUGUAAUGAAUAUCGUGGAGAAAGAGCAAAGCGCGAGCAUUUCAGAAGCAAAUGUUUCAAAGGCUGGCAAGUCGACGUCGAAGAAGAAACGUAGACACAAGAAGAAAAAAGCGAAGAAAGGAGCAGUGGCGACACCUUCGUGCAUCAAUGCUCCAUUGGUUGGCAGCUUGACAAUGUGGAACGUUCCUCCAGGAGCCCCGCCUCUGGAAGAAGAUGUUGCAUUUAACACAGUGGACUUUAUGAAGAUCUUGGAGAAUUUUGAAGAGCGCGAGAAGAAACAGAAACACUCCACGGAUGACUUGUCAGUGGUCGAUUUGUUCAUAAUUCACAUUAUGCGGAACUUGCAUCGACUUCAUGAAUUGAUGACUGCAAACAAAUUGUCAAUCGAGGUGAACUAUGGCGUUGUGAAGGCAGUUCGAGGAAAGGCUGCGACAGAUCCCGAAAACUUGAAUCUGUUGGCACGUAUCGCACUGAUGCGCCCAUUUACGAUCUCAUGGUCUAAUGUACUUGAUUACUUUGUGCCUGAAGACUUUCACGACCUUGCGCGUCGGUGCUCGAUAUUUGGCGACUGUGUACAUUAUGGCUACAGCAUGAAUUGGACAACUCAAGUGUUUGGGGCGUCAUUACUCGACUACGACCCCACGUACCACAAGGCGCUGAUUGACUCUACAUUGGACGCGGCUCUGGGCUUUUUAAGCGAGACAUCACUAUCGAAAAUGUUGACGGUAUUGGGGCUGGACAAGCUUUUGCAUUUGCCCUUUCGUGAAAACCCGCUAAACAGCACGGGAUAUGUUCUAGCGUGCAUCCACCAACAGAAAUGGAUUAAUUAUUUCAUGGACAAGGGGAAACUGUCUCCAGAGGCGGCACAUCGGCUGGGUGUGCGGUGUACACCGUCGAACUCUGGUCUCCAGGCGGGAGCAAUGGAGCUUGCAAUACCAAGUCCCUUGGAUCGCUCGUCAUUGACCUUAUACAUGAGUUGGUGCUAUGAUCCAAAGCUUCGGCUGCAAAUGGUUGACCUCGGAGCAACUGACACAGACAAGUUAGCACGAAUUGAGCAAUUACUAAAUGUCCAAAAGGACGACCAACAGGUCGCUCAAGGCACUGGUUGUUCGACCUCACGAGACUUGACGACGGUCUAUAACAGCGAUAACCUUGGAGCCUGGUCGAAGUAG